AAGAUGGUUGGUAUGAUAUUGUAAAUUAAGAUCCUGAAAGCUUCAGAUCACACCGGUCGGUGCGUGGCGUCCUUAGCAUACAUAGGUCAUUCAUAUUUUAAUAUCAUGCCUGACUCCCUGUGACGAUUAUGAGAUACUGAUAGGUAUGUAAGGGAAUUUUUCGGUGAGUCACAGUCAACCUAUGUGAGAAUGUAAUAUAUUUUUACUGGACUAACUGUGUGACUUCCUCUCUUGAUUACGAUGUAAUUAUUCGCACAUGAUUUUAAUAUUUAUAGUCCAAUGAAAUCACAGAGCUAUUUAUCGAUGAUGUGUCCAUCGUGGGCCCUUAUCGUGAAGUCCAGAGCGGACCGGACCCGGCAAGUGAGUGGAAGCUAACAGAGAAUAAAAUGAAAUUCAACGGAUUUUUUCUCAUUCCUUUAGUCUCCAUUAAUUUCAUACACGCAGAUUCUACAGGUGUUUGCACUAAAAGGGUUUGGCAAACAAAAGCAGUAGCCGUUACAUACCUGCGGACUUAUGUGGAGACCUACAAGGGAUGGUUCCGAAGGAAAACCAGGCUUCGGACUCGACCUGACAUCAGAACAUUUCAGAGACCUUACCUCGCUACCGUAGAAGAAUGCUGUAGUGGAUACAUCAGGGAAGAAGACCCAGAUUGGACCUUUGAAACUGACAAGUUACAAUGUAAGCCAGUAUGCAUACCAGCUUGUGGCAACGGCUACUGUGAUAGUCCAGGAGAAUGUAAAUGUAACGAAGGAUACACUUCAUCUGACACAGAAAAAAACUACUGCGAGCCUCACUGCUCCUCUAACUGCCCCAAUGGAACAUGUAUGGAGCCCAACACAUGUAGUUGCAACUUCGGCUACGAAAAUGUUAACAAUACUUGCCAACCAAUAUGUACCGAGCCCUGCGUGAACGCUACCUGUGACGCCCCGGAAACCUGCAACUGCUUGUAUGGAUUCAGAGAGUCCUCAAGCAGUGGACACAUCUGCACACCAUAUUGCUCUACCGGCUGUAUGAAUGGAAAAUGCGAGUCACCUGAAGUAUGCAGGUGCGACACAGGAUACACACUACAAGACGGAAAAUGUAUACCCUCCUGCGAUUUUGAGUGUGGCAAUGGCACAUGUGUUGCACCAAACAUUUGUGAAUGCUUCCCUGGCUAUUCCUUCGAAAUCAAUUCGUGUGUUCCGGUUUGUAACGAAACAUGUAUAAAUGGUUAUUGUGACGCUCCGAAUACUUGCACAUGCACAGACGGCUACAUAACAUCAUCCACAGAUACAUACAUGUGCGAUCCGUAUUGUUCAAAUGGAUGUACAAAUGGGAAAUGCAUUCAACCAGAGUUAUGCAUAUGCGACCUCGGGUACACGUUUCAAGGUGAAAAAUGUGCUCCAGUAUGUGACUUAGACUGCACGAAUGGUACAUGCAUUAAGCCAAAUGUUUGCGAAUGCUAUGAUGGAUAUACAUUUGAAAAUAAAUCUUGUGUGCCUGUUUGCAGUGACGCGUGCGUCAAUGCUACAUGUACAGCUCCAAAUGCUUGCUCAUGUCUCGAAGGGUACAGCAAGAUAUCUGCCGAAUACACAGCCUGCUUCCCAGUUUGUUCCUUUGGGUGCGAGAAUGGGCAGUGCGUGCAGCCGGAAGUCUGCAGAUGUGAUACUGGAUAUGCAUUAAAAGGAAAUAAUUGUUUUCCGAUAUGUAGCAGUGACUGCGGUAACGGAACAUGCAUCGGACCUGAUACCUGCAAAUGCUACGAUGGCUAUUCAUUUGGGAAUGGAACGUGUGAGCCAAUCUGUACAGAUAUGUGCAUCAAUGCAACGUGCAAUAGCCCUGACACAUGCGUCUGUAAAUUAGGAUACACUGAAUCAAUCGACCGCAGAAACGUUUGUGUUCCUCAAUGUACCUUGGGUUGUGAGAAUGGUCAUUGCACUUCUCCUGAAGUAUGCCACUGUAAUGAAGGUUAUGACUGGCAAGUAAACAAAUGCAAACCAGUAUGUGAUUACGAUUGCGGUAAUGGAUCAUGUGUCGCACCUAAUGUUUGUGAGUGCUUUGCUGGGUAUUCAUUUGAGAAUAUGACUUGUAUUCCUACUUGUAAUGAGACUUGUAUCAACGCCACUUGUCAAGCCCCCGACUACUGCGAAUGCCUUCCAGGCUAUGUGAAGUCUACGGACCAGAGCCAUGUUUGCCUUCCUCAUUGUUCUACUGAAUGCCCUGACGGGGCAUGUAUUGAGCCAGAGACGUGCUGGUGUGAUUCAGGCUUUACAUGGAGGGAUUCUAAAUGUGACCCAAUCUGUGAGGUCGAGUGUGGCAAUGGAUCCUGCGUUGCUCCUAACAAGUGCAAUUGUUCAGCAGGAUAUACCCUGGACAAUUCCACAUGUAUUCCAGUUUGCAGUGAGGAGUGUGUGAACUCUACCUGCGCUGCUCCUGAUGUGUGCGUUUGCUUCAGCGGAUUCACUAAAUCUAAAAAUGGCUCCUGUAUGCCAGACGAUUUAAACGAUUGCUGUUUGGAAGAUACUUGUAAUAAAUCUGAUGAAAGCGAUAUGAAAUUAUGUAAUCCACCAUCAGAACACUCACAUGGCGAUAUUGGCGAUGGAUCUAUCCUGUGGAUUUCAAUAAGCUCUAUACUGCUGUUGAUAGUAAUCAUUAUCCUGAUCGGAUGCUUGUAUUGGAAGUGUUAUUCCAACAGCAAUGGUAGCUACGUUACUAAAGAUGAUGAUAAUUCCUCGACUGAAAGGACCCAGUCUAUUAAUUUGAAAUUACUCAUAAAUGAGUUAAAUGACAAAUGAAAUUACCAAGAUUGUAUUAUUAGAUCACAAUAAACAUUUUGUAAAACUUAAAG